CACAAAAUACACAGGGAUGCAACACGGACGCAACAAGAUUAUGACAUUUUCGCCUGUCAAAAAUUUUUGUCGUCCGCUCGCCCGAUCUAAGCCUGUUAUUGUAAUUAAUAAAAUUUUUGUAUAUUCUGAGAAUGUUUUCUGCCAACACACACUCAGUGCCCUACCUUUAUCUGGGUAAUUUUAGUCGAAAACCGCACUAUUACACAGUAAAACGUACCAAACUGCAAACAAAUGGCGGUGUUCCACGUUUCUUUGCCGACAAAUCAAGGUCCUCCAGCUCCAGCAUCAACAAUAACAAAAGUACACAUGCCCAAGGUAGAAGUUACGACCUCGUGUUGGAUUUCAAGAACCUGCUCAUCAAAUCGGGUGCUAGUUUACAAAGCAUUGUGGAGAAGGCAGCACGAUUGAAUGGUAUACUGGACAAGGAGCUUGUCAACAAUGCUCUGAUCAGAGUCACCAGCAUGUUGCCCUCGAUGCGGAAUGUCCAUGUCACACUGGAGGAGCCUGCGAUACAAACAGCUGCUUCGGGCAAGCAACACGCUAAUUACAAGUUUAAAGUCUCAUUGGAUUCGUCGAAAAAUUCUGAGCUUAUCAGCAUGCAAUCAACCUUGCUGAGAGGGCUAUUGAGUCCCAUGUCACUGAACCAUCAUCAGUUGAGACAAUUCCGCGGAUUCAAGACAGACCGUUCCAUUGAGGCAGAACAGAAACGCAAUCCCACAAUGACAACCAGACUGAAGUCAGCGCUGCAAGGAACGCCGCAGAAAACAGAUGGUGAACUGAACAUUCAGGCCGAGAAGCUUAAGAAAUUGCUCUCUAAAUCGGAGCUGCAGGGAAAUGCACAUAAUGCGGAGAAUAUAAAAAUUGCUUUUGCUGAAGGAUAUUUGGCGGCAUCGAACGCGGAAGAUUCGCAAAAGUCGGGAAAAACAAUGAAGUACCUGAAGAUUUUCCAGACACUCAUUGUUAUCGUCGUAUUCAUUGGAAUCUUCAUGAGUUUCUUUACCUCAUCAAAUGGAUCUGUAUUCCGCAGCAUACAACUUGGCAAUCAGGUUGAGGUUGAUCCAGAAGAAAUUCACGUCACAUUCGAUGAUGUCAAAGGCUGUGAUGAGGCGAAACAAGAGCUUAAGGAGGUGGUAGAAUUUCUCAAGAAUCCCGAUAAGUUCUCAAAUUUAGGUGGUAAGCUGCCGAAGGGUGUGCUCCUCGUUGGCCCGCCUGGAACUGGAAAGACUUUGCUUGCCCGCGCCGUUGCAGGCGAGGCAAAUGUUCCCUUCUUCCACGCCGCCGGUCCGGAGUUUGAUGAAGUCCUGGUUGGCCAGGGCGCCAGACGUGUUCGAGAUCUAUUCAAGGCUGCUAAGGCUCGCGCUCCCUGCGUCAUCUUCAUCGAUGAAAUUGAUUCGGUUGGCGCAAAGCGCACAAAUUCUGUUCUCCAUCCAUACGCGAAUCAAACCAUAAAUCAACUGCUCUCCGAAAUGGAUGGCUUCCAUCAAAAUGCCGGUGUCAUUGUGCUCGGUGCGACGAAUCGUCGGGAUGAUUUGGAUCAAGCGUUGCUACGUCCAGGUCGCUUUGACGUUGAAGUUGUAGUCUCUACGCCAGACUUCACGGGUCGCAAAGAAAUUCUUUCAUUGUAUUUGGAAAAGAUUCUGCAUGAUGACGUGGACUUAGAUAUGCUAGCACGUGGCACCUCGGGUUUCACGGGCGCGGAUUUGGAGAAUAUGAUUAAUCAGGCAGCUCUGAGAGCUGCCAUUGACGGAGCCGAGACUGUAAAUAUGAAACAUUUGGAAACUGCAAGAGACAAAGUACUAAUGGGUCCAGAGCGAAAAGCCCGACUGCCCGAUGAAGAGGCAAACACAAUAACCGCCUAUCAUGAGGGAGGGCACGCGAUAGUGGCCUUCUAUACGAAGGAGUCACAUCCUCUGCAUAAAGUGACAAUUAUGCCGCGUGGUCCCUCUUUGGGACACACCGCCUACAUACCGGAGAAGGAACGCUAUCAUGUGACAAAGGCGCAACUGCUGGCAAUGAUGGACACGAUGAUGGGCGGACGUGCCGCCGAGGAGAUAAUUUUUGGUGCAGAAAAAAUUACAUCAGGCGCAAGCAGUGAUCUGAAGCAAGCAACAUCGAUCGCCACGCAUAUGGUUAAGGAUUGGGGUAUGUCGGAAAAGGUCGGUCUCCGGACAAUUGAGUCGCCCAAAGGCCUGAGCGCAGGCGACUCCCUAGGACCGAAUACCGUUGAAGCCGUAGAUGCUGAGAUUAAGCGCAUUCUGAGUGAUAGCUAUGAGCGUGCGAAGGCCAUUCUCAAGAAGCAUGCGAAGGAGCACAAAGCGCUCGCCGAAGCGCUGCUAAAAUACGAAACUCUGGAUGCUGAUGAUAUCAAGGCUAUUUUAAGUGACAACCAGUAGUAUUUUUCCAGAAUGGCUUCAGAUGGGCGUACACUGCAUAUACAUAUAAUUACAUAUAUUUUAGUUACAAUAUUAUAAACGUAAACACUCUGAAACAGAAAACUAUUAGAGAUCGGGACGCAGACGAGCAGUUAAGUAAUAAAAUGUUAUACAUAUUUUU